CGAGCCCGAUAAGACAGAAAUGCUGUUUUACUGUGGAUGACGCCUACAGCCCGAGCACGCGCGAGGAGGAGGAAGGCGAAGGGGGGAACCAUUACUGUCAAUGGGGGGAACCAAGGAGGCGGCGGCGGAUGGCGUUUUCGACAGCGCUGAUGGGAAAACACACACCGGGAACGCGCUCGGGUGUCAUGCCUUGACCACGACAGAUUAAUUUUCCGCCAAUAAACUGCAGCAGCGGCACGUCAGAGACAGAAGGCCUCCGCCUGAUGGAGCUCGGCGCUCUUUAAUCCUUCCACAGACCCCCCCCUGACAGGCGAGCAACAAGAACGGGACGCUCGAAUUAUAAGAAGAAUUUAUGGGAUCACAAGUUUCCUCUGAUGAGAUGAGUGUGCGUGCUGGCCAGGGCAGUGAUGAGGUGCUUGUUUCUCAGGCGGUGUGGGAUUACCUGGCUGCAGCUGGGCGGCCCUGGCUCAUUGACUUCCAGCACAGGCAGGGGAUGAGCGCCGGCAUCAUUAGGCGGGGGGAGAGAGGUGGCUGCUGUGCCGUCCGGCUCCAGCCAGUGGAAGGGUUCAGGAAUGCUGGAGUGAUGGACGCGCCCGUCUCCAGCGACACCCGAAAAGCUUUCAUUGACUUAUGCCGCUGUGCCCGUAAAGAGAUGUGCAAACAGGAUGGGGGGUCCAAGAGGAAGAGGGGCAUGCUGCCAUGCGGGGUGGAACAGAACGGAGAGGGGAACCUGCUGCAGCCCCCUCCUCUGCAACCCCGGCGCUCCCAGAGACAGCAGCAGAGGUUCAGGAAGCCUGCGGAUGAGGAGGCUUUUGCCAUGCUCCACGAGGCAGCCCAAAGGAAGGACCUGGGCUCCAGCUUAGCUUCCCAGACUGAGGCUGAGGAUGGAAACACUUGUUCCAUCUGCAUGGGGGAUAUAGUGGAAAAAACCACUUUGGAGAAAUGUGGCCAUUCUUUCUGUCACUUUUGUCUGGACCAAGCCUUCAAGGUGAAGAAAGCGUGUCCUGUCUGUCGACUGGUGUACGGCCAGCUGAUCGGGAACCAGCCUUCCAACGGUUCAAUGAUUGUAGAGCGAGAUCCGGACCUGGAGCUUCCUGGCCAUGAAGGCUACGGGUGUAUCUGCAUCAUUUACAGCUUCCCUCCUGGCCUACAGUCGAUAGAGCAUCCCAACCCGGGCGUUCGAUACCCUGGAACAGACCGUGUCGCUUACCUCCCUGACAGCCCUGAGGGGAACCGUGUGCUGGGCCUGCUGCGGCGGGCCUUCGAACAGCGCCUUAUCUUCACCAUCGGUACCUCUAUGACUACAGGCAUGCAGAAUGUUAUUACUUGGAAUGACAUCCAUCACAAGACCUCAAUAUGGGGCGGACCACGCUGUUUUGGUUACCCAGACCCCACUUACUUGGUGCGAGUGACCGAGGAGCUCCGAGAGAAAGGCAUCACAGCCGACUAACUGUCUAAAAAUGUCAGAUCUUCCAGGACUUCUGUUAGACUUUCGGAUGGUCCUCGUUCUUAGGACAGGACUCGAAUUCAUGUUGUUCUCUGUGACUUCCCGCCACCUGACAGAUGGCUGAAGACAAAGACCUUAUCAAACAGGUGUUCAAUGCUGCAGCAGAGCUCAUAUCUACCCCACUACUCGUUCUUCUGUUUGUCAUCUUUCUACAGCGCUGCAUGUUUAAGAAAUUACUUUGAGUGCACUAGUUUAUUUUUCAUAGAAGUCCUCAAACUACUUAUCAUUGGCAACAGGCCUGGCAUUUAAUGCUCUUUAUUUUAGGAGCUAUGGCAUGUUGGAAUUCAUGGUACUUAUAUAUUAUUUUGGUAAUCUAACUAUUAGUGUGAUAAGAGCUAAAAUGCUAUUAUUGUUUAUUUCUGGCUUCUAAUUUUAAAUCAUAAAAGCACACAGUCUUGGUUGCAGUAGGUUUUUGUUUUAAAAAUGUUUCAUUACCUGUUUUAAGGAUUGGUUCUGGUUCAUGCGGCAGAGUAGCACUGCUCUUAUAAAGAGAAUUCUGUCUGAAUUCUUGUGAUUCUCAGAACAUUUUCUGAAGUUGUUGCAAUCUAAAGCACUCACAGGCACUUUGGGAAGGUGGUUUCUUUAUUUGUGAAGCAGGAGGAGUCGCCUCUGCUUCCUUUGUGUGUAUGAAGGGCGUUUUGAGGCAGUCAGGUCUGUGCAGCCUCAGCCACGCCUGACUACAAGCUGAUGUCAGUUCUUUAAAACAAUUCAUUUGUAUGUGAUCUUCAAUCCCAGACCCUGCUUUUACUGAAACAGGAGGAAUGUUAAAUUUGCAACACCUUUGAGCAUGCUUUAGCACUAGGGGGGUUUCCUUUCAUCCCUGCUGUCGUUUCAUGUCUCCCAGGCGUUGCUUAUCAUUACCUCAUUCGUUAAUAAUGUGCUCCUUUGUUUAUCAGAUUUAUGACGAUGUCAACUAAGAAGGGCAUAUAUACACUUGAACCAAAUCAAAGGCACAAAGGCUCUUUAAAUACCUAUGCUUUGGUCCUUGUCAAACUGGGAGACUUGCCUAUUACUCUUCCUGUUCUAAAUGAGAUACUUGUAGGAAACGUGUUUAUCUAAAAACUACAGUUAACUAAGAAAAUACAUCUGGACAAAAAUCAAAGAAAGAUUUGAUUUGGUUUAUUGCCAGUGACCGGUCUCAUUUCGUUGUGCCUUUCAAAUAUCCAUUUUUGAUUUCAAAAUAAGAGAUUUAAAAAGGGAUGGCUUGAUGAAUGGUAAGCUUUUUGGAUGUAUUUUUAUGAGCAGAGGUAUGUUCUUGCUGUACUGUAUUUGUUUUUUCAUGCAAAGACUACUUGGUUUGUUUGUGAGUGUGUACAAUGUUUUAAUCAAAUGUCUUCACCCUCCUAAUAAUUUUUACCCUCCAAAUAAUAAUAAAAAAGAGUUGCAUUUUGAUCAUACACACAUAUAACAGAGAUGUGCAAAGUUCUUGGUUAAUUUCUCAAAGAGUUCAGUGAUCACAACCAUAAAUCAAAUAUUUAUAUUCUUACUUUGGCCCCUUCGUGAUUUAAUCUAGGGACCAACUUGGUUUUGUUUUGGGACACAGGAUUGUAGUCCACUAAAGCUACUGUGCAAACGUUUCUAUGCAUUACCUGAGGGAGGAUGAGCCAGGACAGUGAGUAUUUGGAGGGAGUCCACAUUACAAGUUGAUUGUCAAAGACAGCUGAGUUUUGCUUUUCUAUUUGUGCUGAUUCGUACUUUGUUGAUAUUCAGAAUAAUGUGCUUUACAUUUUAAUACUUGAAUAAAAGUUUUUGUUUUGGC